AUGUUUCUCUUCAGAAAGAAGACCGACAAACAAGAACACACAAGGCCCCAGGGCAAGCCUUUGGCAAAACAAGCUGCUCCUCCUGCUUCACCGAAAAACAACCAGAAGAAAGAAAAUGUCUCUGUUUCGGCGAAACCCGUCCCUCCACCAAAGGACCCUUCUUCUCCAUUAAGACCUCCAAGGCUCAACACAUCCAAUUUAAACUCCAUGGCUGCUUCGCCACCACCACAGGGUAAUGCUGGAGGCGGGUUUCCAUCGUCUCCUUCGUCUCCAGUCAGCCGACGCCUGGUUUCUGACCGUCUCGCUCCAGCUUCGUACUUGAGACAUUCCAGGGUCCUCUCUAUGUCCAGUAACACCAACCUGGCACUCGAUGCUGAACUGCUUCGGCCACGCAGAUCCUUGCGCCGUCGUAUGAGAUCAAUAACCAGUGAUCUUCCUCCUGAAUUGCUGCCGGUGGUGAAUUUAAUCAAUGCCCAGCGCUUGCGUACUUAUAUUACUGGCUCCCUCUGGCUUAAAGACCAAGGUUCCGCCGGAUGGCUCCCAGCCGAGGCUACGCUAACGGGAACGGAAUUGGCGCUCUUUAUCGAUGGCUCGAGCAAUCCAAAGUACGUCAAUAUCCAAGAUUGUAGCGUCUUGGUGGGUAACAACCCUACGUCCUACUCCCACGAUUUGACCAUUUUGCAAGAUUUCGAUAAUCACCAGAAAGUGUUCCGUUUCGAUGUCCAGCAAGAUCUCCUCAACUGGUAUGCGGCUUUACACUUGGCUAAGUUCGAACAGACUUCAUUGAACGAGGCAUUCACUGCCGUCAUGCUUUCCUUGAAGGGUCCCGAGCUUUCCGAUAUCUUUACCCUUUUGGCGCAUAAGAAGAGAUUUGCUCGUUUCGAGUGGUGUAACUUGCGUUUGCCUCAAGUUUCGUCUAAAUGGAUCAAAACAUACAUGGCUGUGAUUCCUGGUGACGGCAAGAAGAAGGGCCGUGUGGAGAUUUACACCAACGAUAAGAUCAACAAGAAAACAUUGAUCUUGUACGUCAAUGAUGCAGAUGCCGUCUACAAUGUGUAUCCAGAAGAUCACAGAAUGAUUGAUAGUAACGCUAUCAUGAAAUUGGAGGGCCAGGUGUUUGUCAACAAGGACUACGAGCAUUUGUUCUCCGGCAAGAAUGUCUUGUCCGGCAGCAACACGCCAAACGGGUCCAAGAUUGGCUCCAGAUCAAACUCCAACACCUCCCUCAACUCUUUGGUUGCUCCUCCAGGCCCCAGCCAGCAGGUUGGUAACCGUUCUAGAAGUACUUCCGUGAAUUCUUCUCACUCCUUCUUCAUGAACUCGCCUACUCCAGCUAAAAAUACAAAGGAGCAAUUGACUCCAGGCUCCCCUCCACGCAACACAUCCACCCACUUCUACAAGAAGCAGAGCAUCAACAAAUUUGUGUCUACGAACUACAUUUACUUGAUGCCUCUCCCACACCCUGGUGUCACUGCCAUUGAGAUCAUGAUUAGAAACUUUGUUCACAUUGUCGAUGCUUUUAAGUUGUAUGGCCGUCCUAACCACUUGAACAGCGACAAGAAAGAUACUGUUUCCAUGCUUUUUGGCUUGCCUUCGUUGCCUCACUAUGGUUACUUGUCCACAGAAGAUGCCUUUGACCUUAUCGAGGCCAACUUCGAUACUGCUCGUAUACAAAACUGGACCGAGUUGGAGUGGCGCAAUUGUCUUAAGGAGUACUUGCUGUGCAAGCAGGCUGAUGGGCCAUACAAGGGAUUCGGCAACAUAGCCGACCUUUACGAUUCGGUUGAAGGUGAUCUGCCCACAAGUGAGUUGGAUGCUCAGCUCGGUGGCAUGUUGUCACCAAAGAUUCUGUUCCCACAUGCCAAUUCCCGUGUGGCCAGUCCACCACCAGGCAACCUUUCCCGUGCUUCACAGGGAUACCAAGGCGACAGCUUUGGUGGUGAGAUUGGGCACUUGCUGUUGAGUGACACCAGCUUGGGUCAGAACCAGGGUCAAAACCAGGGUCAAAACCAGAACCAUAGCCCUCUGAGUGGUAUUGCUCCUGCCCUCAAACUCAACGAUAACAAGUAUUUGGGCGGUCCCUUCGAGUACAAGCAGGGCGAGCCAUCUCCACGUUCGCAAGACGAAAUGCUCAGGUCUCUUGAGCCUAUUGUCGACUUGCCUACGCCGAUGGAUGACAAGCACGCAGUGAGCAAUUACUUUGGUGGAAAGGUAGCAAGCUCGUGA